AGUUCUUCACUUGGCGUAUUCAUAGACUGUAAAUAUGUCUCUGCUAAAACUCUUGAUUUUUCCUCCCAUAUUGAUGCUGUCUGCAUUUAUUGGAACAGCUGAUGGAUAUUAUGAAUAUCGGAUGGAUGAAUGCGUCUACAGCACCAGUGAUUACAGUGAUAUGGUGUAUCUUGUGUCAAUGUCCUUCAAUAAAGUUGUGGAAUUACAGUUCAACAGCACUGAGGGGAAGUUUGUGGGGGUCACUGAGGAUGGAGUGAAGCAGGCAGAGAGGUUGAACAAAGAUCAGAACCUUCUGCAGGGGCUGAAAGCUUCAGUGGACACAGUCUGCAGAAAUAAUGCUCAGAACAAUGACUUAGCUGUCCGUGAUAAAACAGUACUCCCGAAGGUUAAGCUCAGUUCAGUGAAGCAGGCUGAAGGCAAUCAUCCAGCUGUGUUGAUGUGCAGUGCAUAUGAAUUCUACCCUAAAAAAAUCUCAGUGUCCUGGCUGAGAGACGGUAAACUGAUGACCUCUGAUGUGACCUCAACAAUGGAGAUGGCUAAUGGAAACUGGUACUACCAGAUUCACUCUCAGCUGGAAUACACUCCUAAAUCUGGAGAGAAGAUCUCCUGUGUGGUGGAGCACGCCAGCUCACCUCAACCUAUUGUUAAAGACUGGAAUCCCUCUAUGCCAGAGUCUGAGAGGAAUAAAAUUGCUAUUGGAUCCUCUGGUCUGGUGCUGGGAAUCAUCAUAGCCGCUGCUGGACUCAUUUACUACAAGAAGAAAUCAUCAGGGAGGAUCCUGGUACCAAACUGACUACAGUAAGUCUAAUGUUACCUGAUCCCGACUGAAAGAAGACCUCCUUGGAUCACUGAUGUAUUCUCUUUAGUCACAUCUUUCGUACAGUCUCCUUAUACUGAACUUUUAUUUUUUUAACUUAAUUAAAGUAAUAAUGACAAUUUUAAAAUUGCAUCAAACAUACUUACAUGACUUGUAUUUGAACAUCUCUAUGUAAUGUUGGUAGUGAUAAAACAACGUGUAUUUUAUUAUGUGUAAUGAUUUUGCUUGAACUCUCUAGAGCUGAUUGUAUGUAUAGAAGCAAUGUGAAUGAGGAUGUUAUAAAGGUUUUCAAUCAAUAUUUUCAUAACAUUUAUAACUAUUAUGACACCAAUCAAAGCUUUGAUUUGAGUCAGAGAGGCAGCGUUCACAAAGAGAAACAUUUAUUCAUGGAACUUUACCGCCUCCUGCUGUCAUUAUUGUUAAUUGCAUAUAGUUUCCAGUGUGAUUUCUUCGUUUAGAUAAGCUUACUAAUACUUCUGUUACUAGCAGAAAAA